AUGCUACCCAACAAGUUCAUAAAAGAGUUAUUAGAAUCUUAUUUGUCUCAAGAUGACAAAAUAACUCUUUCACCGUUACCAAGCAAAUUAAAGUCUCUUUAUCGUGAUUCUUCAACUUUACCUGAUCCAACCAUAUAUAGACAAUUUGUAGGAAAAUUGAAUUUUCUUUUGCAUACUUGGCCAGAUAUAGCAUUCACUACUCAGUUUCUAAGUCAAUUCAACGUUAAGCGUUGCCAAGUUCAUCUAGAUGCAGCUAUUCAUGUUCUUAAAUACUUAAAAGGGACGAUGUAUCAAGGCAUUUUUCUUAACAACACAAAUAACUUCAAGAUUGAAGCUUUUUGUGAUUCGGAUUGGGCUGCUUGCCCAUCUACAAGGAGAUCUGUUAGUGGCUAUUUUAUCACAAUGGGAGGUAGUCCUAUCUCAUGGAAGUCGAAAAAGCAAGCAACUAUUUCAUUGUCAUCAGCAGAAGCUAAAUACAGAUUGAUGCGUAGAGUAUGUUCUGAACUUGCAUGGUUGAGUAAGCUACUUGCAGAGUUCAAUGUCUCAAAAAUUACUCCUAUACCAUUGAUGUGUGACAACAUGGCUGCUAUACAUAUUGCUAAAAAUCUUGCUUUUCACGAACGCGAUUGA